AUGGACUUCGAUUCUGGCCAUCCGUCUUCUGAUACCAAAUGGAUCUUAGAGAUACUACCACCAAUGGCCUUGGCGGAAGAUCAUGUUAAUUCCUCGCCUCGUCAACCAACUCUUCCAGGAGACCAUCCGCGCAGUUCAGCCACCGUAGUUUACAACAGAACUGUACUUUUGGAAAACCGCCAGUCUGGUACUGAUGGGCCUCCUUCUACGUUCUGCCGCCGUACGAUCUUUUGGAACGAGCGCUUGUGCGUUGAUCUGGUUAAGUUCUUUGCCGAUUGGUUUUUGAGACACCAGGAGCUCGUCAAGAAAUCCUCCGCAUUCCUUGUGAAGGCCACCUACUCCGCCAACUUUGCAGACGUCUUGCAAGCAUACCCACAACUCAAUGGGUUUGUUCAAAUCGUGGAGAUGAAGGGUCAAUACACUCAUCUUUGUCAGAUGUGGAAGACCAUUACAGAGCAAAUGGAGGUCUCUGCGGGGGAUCCCAUUCCCGUUGAAUUUGCAGAUUGCGUCUCGAGAGCUGGAAUGAGCCCUCUAGUUUAUGUCUUGCUCAAGGAUGCCAUUGGCAAACAUCGACACAUUGAAACUGCUUGCAUAAUCGCGGAGGCCCCUGCAGACGAAAUCUCAAAAUCUACAGCCGCAUGCGCAUCAUUCUUGAUCAAAGGACUUCAGGCCGAAUUAUCAGCCUCCCAGUAG